ACUCCUUGCGGCACCGGUCUAAAAACCUAGAAAAACCCCUAAUACAAGUUAUACAACUCAACUGUGCCACACGCACAUACCGUCCUAUGUUUGAACUCUGAAGCCGCCGGCGAUUCUUACCACGCCGACCCAAAAGUCCGAACGGUGGGUCCCUUUCACGACGGCGAAACAUAAGGAAAACGACGCCCUCUCCGCCGACGCUUGGCACAUUUUUUUUUUUUUUUGGGUCGGUUUUUAUUGGUUGAGCUGUUUGUUUGAUACGGUAAUUUGGGUUUUGGGAUUCGAGCAACAAUGUCUGCUAGUACGGAGAAUGAAAUUGAACAAAAUGGUUCUUCGAGUUCAAAAGAAGCUGAGAAGCCUCCGAUUGAGCCUAUAAGAUUGCCUACUAUCGAGGAAAUUCGUGGCCAAGAUAUUUGGAACAAUUGUGGCGUUCGAAGUGUCGUCAGUGGAGUCAUGGGCGGUGGACUUGGGUUGUUCAUGGGUUUGCUUAUAGGUUCAUUGGACAACCCUAUUAUGCAAGAUACAAUGACUGCUAGGCAGCAAUUCAUUUAUACAGCAAAGCAGAUGGGGAGAAGAAGCUGGAGUUCUGCAAAAACAUUUGCGGUAAUGGGCUUGGUUUUUUCAGCUGCUGAGUGUGUUGUCGAAAAGGCACGAGCAAAGCACGAUACAACGAAUACUGUUGUUGCUGGCUGUGUAACUGGAGGAACAAUGUCAGCAAAAGUAUUCUGCAGGUUCUGACCAUUUGGUGAUCCAGAAAUUAAAUGCAAGAGCGUAGAUUGGAGAAGAAAGAAGCAAAGAAAGGGAGUUUGUUUUGACAAAGUGAGGACAUGUUUUUGAACUACUUUUACUUGCUGAAUUUUGCAAACAAUGCAAUUGAAUUUACUUUUACUUUUACGUUGUUUUGAAUUACCUUAGUUUGCUGGGUUUUUUUAUUGUAGCGCUUUAACUUUUUGUUCCUAACUUCCAAUAGUGCUUAUGUAUCAUUCCAAUAAUGUUCAUGCCACUUCAAAUUAGUGCCUUAAAUUUGUUGGUGCACUUGUUAUAAUAAUAAAAAAUAAUAAUAAUAAAUAAUAAAAAAAAGCAUGGCUUUUAUCUCA